AUGAUUCAAGUUAAACGAUAUAUCAAUAAUAGUAAACCUUCUUAUGAAGAAAUGAAAAAACUAAGAACAAUAUACAAGAACAGAGAACAUAUUAAUUGUUUAGAAAACUUAUCAAAUGAACUUUUCUAUGAGAUCUUCGAUUAUCUUGAUGGUUGUGAAUUAUUUAAUGCAUUUUCAAAUCUUAAUAAUCGUUUUCAUGCUCUACUCAAUGGUUCAUCUCUUCGACUAAAAAUUGAUUUUCGUUGUCAUUCAGAAACUAUCGUACAACAUCGUUCUAUUUCCAUUAUCUCUCGAAACAAAGAUCGAAUUAUGUCACUUAGUUUGUCUAAUUUUUAUCUUUUUAAUUCAAGUUUUACAUUAUUUAACAUUGAUUCAUCAUUUAGUCAUCUUGAAUCAUUAGUGUUAGAUAAUAUGAAAUCAAAUGAACUCAAAUCUGUUCUAAUAAAUUUAAUUUCAUUGCCUCGUCUUUUUUCAUUAAUUAUUCAUUACGAUGAUGAUCUCAAACAGAUUAACAAUAUAUAUCAAAUGAUUUUCAAAUUACCUAUGUUAAAAUACAAUAAAUUGUCAUUUAAUUCACUUGAUUCAUUUAUUCCUCUACCGAUAGCUACUAAUCAUCAAUUUAGUAGUAUUAAAUAUCUGGUUAUUGAUCAUUGUUGUACUCUUGAUGAAUUAAUUGCUAUAAUUUCAUAUACACCUCAACUCUGUCGUUUAACUUGUCAGCAAGUCAAUGAAUCAAAGAAAAACAUCAUAAAAGAUACACUUAAUAUAGUAACAAGUUUAACUCGUAUAUUCAUUACUAAGUGUUAUGCUGACUAUGAUGAACUAGAAAUGUUUCUCACCAAAGUGUCACCUCAAGUACAAGUACUACGUAUUAAUACUUUCAAAGAUGUGACUUAUUUGGAUGCUAAUCGAUGGGAACGAAUUAUUUCACAAAAUUUACUUCAAUUAGAUACAUUUGAAUUUCAAUACAAUGAGCUUAUUGAUGAAGAUUUCAAAACAACUAUUCAUCAUGAAUUAAUUAAUCGAUUUAAUUCGUCAUUUUGGAUAAAACGAAAAUGGUUUUUUAAAAUUUCUAUUAAGACAGAUGAUUGGGAUGAUAAUGUUAUUGUCUAUUCAAUUUUUCCAUACAGGAAAGUUAAAGACAAUUUUCAAACAAAUAAGACAAAUGAUGAAAAAUUAAUUGAUAACAUCUAUGAAAAUAGUACACAACAUAGUAUUAUUUCCAAUAAACAUAAUUCUGUUGCAUCUUCUAUGAUACUAAACAUUAUUGAUUUGUCUACGACAGAUGAUGAUGAACCAUUUAUUGAGAUGAUCGGUCCAAUUUUAGUUGUAUUACCGAUUACUUGUUUAAAUAUUACGCUCAGCGGAAUUUACAUUGCCACAUUAAUUGAUUUCAUUAAGUAUUUACCUAAUCUCGAUUCAUUAGUAAUAUUAUCUUUACCAAUGAUACAGUCAAAAUGUUUUUCUGUUGAAGAAACAAGAAUUUUUCGUUUGUUAUCAAAUAACAACAAAAUUACUAAAGUUAAACUUCAGGAAAUGAAUGAACUUGCACAAAUUCAAUUUCUUCUUGAUCUUUGUCCUCACAUGUAUCCAACAGUGAUUUAUCAACCAACAUCAUCUGUAACAACACAAACUCGUACAACUGUAUUAUCAACUCUUCAUCUUGAUGAAGUUGAUAUGUUGAGUGAUCGUUUAUCAAUAAUUUCAUCGAGUGAAUUACAAGGUUUUGGUACAACAAUGUAUUUAAAAGAUAAAUAUGGUGAAGAUUGUAAUUUAAUUAUUGAAUUAAUAUCAAUAUCAGACGAAAAUAAUCUUAGACGACAACAGCAGAAAGUAAUUAUUCAUUUUUAG